CUGGUUGAUAAAUGACAAUGUUACUUCUACUAGCAGUUUCUCUCCUUGGCACUGUCACUUGUCAGACGUGCGAAACUGGAUGGUCUGUCCAAGGUUUGCGCGCUUCUGGGUUCUGGUGUGUCAAAGUAUUCCUUGGAACUUACACUCAACCUCAAGCCCAAGCUCAGUGUGAAGCAGUUGGGGCGACUCUCUCUGGAAUUCAAUCCGCAAAUGACGCACAAGUGUUUCAAUCUUUGGGACUGGCAGCUCUAGGUGGGCAGUCAGGAUCAUUUUGGAUUGGAGCCCGUAGAAGAGCUGCGUGUCAGACACAACGCAUCACUGCUGAUUGCACUGCGCAAAAUUCUUUCGAGUGGACUGAUGACACUGUAACUGGAACUGAUGGAUUUGUUUGGAACGAUAAGCAACCUGAUAACUCGGAUCUCAACUCAGGAUGUGCAGUUUUGCUGGCAUCAGGACCACCAGUACAGUGGGGAAAUGGCAUGUGGGCCGGAGCGAAAUUAGACGAUCAUGUUUGCGACUUCGUUGAUAAGACACCCGCAAAUCCAAGACGUAUUCGUGGUUAUAUUUGUGGAAAAAGGUCUAAUUGAGUUUUCGAGCGUCGAUAAUAAAUUUGUUCUGGCAUU